GCUUCUUGUAUAAUUUCUUCUUUAUCCUUAAAUAGAAUUAAACUAUCAGUUACAUGAGGAAAACCCGGCCCUCUUAGCUUGGCGGGUUUUAUCAUACUUAACUAUGUCCUCUAAGGAACUUUUAGGAGAUAUUAUGGUUACUUUGCUGAAGAAAACCCGACUAUCUAUUAGGUCAAAGGCCGAAAAGUCGGGCCCGUCCACCCCGCAUGACGAUCAGCAAGUUGCUACGACCAAGACCCAUAAGGACGCCGAUAAAUCCACAAGCCUGGAGUUAGGAUCUGAUACUAUCCCACUAUCGUGCCCACCCUCAUACGGGGCUGCUGUUACUAAGAAUGAAGAAUUCGCAUCCCCUGAAUGGGUUGAUACCCAGGAGUCCCUUGAAGGGCCACCGAAUCCCCGAAUAGAAGUCACUGAGACUCAGAUACUCGAUAUAGCAACAUCUUGUUUUCCCCCUAUCCCGCACGAUGCAGAGUUACCACCACUACCAAAGCCAGUCUUAAUCCCUCGUGUUGAUCCAGGGCUUCACAUCCCAUUCGCGCGUGCAUGGGCGCCAGAAUUGGCGAACCACGCCGUCACCCCGGAAGAUUUAUUAACAUUUAUCGACAAUCUUAAUAUCCUCAUCAGGCCUCAUAUAGCCGGCCGCGCGGCUCUGGUCGCAGCCCUCGCUGUCGAGUUCAUUCCUUACGACGGAACUGAUGGAAUUGCCGCUGCGUUGGCACUGGCAGCGAGUAUUGGGAUGGCCAUCGUAAAUCAUAGGCGCUGCAAGAAAUAUUUCAACAUUAUGAACGAGGAAUACUUCCAUCCCCGUAAAUUGCACGCCAAGAUCAUCAGUCCUAAGCGGAUAAUGAAGAUGUUUAACCUCGAUAAGAAGGAGACCUUAUUGGCCCCCCUUACCGAAGAAACCCUCGAUUUAAGCAAUCAGGAAAGAUGCAUUAAAUACAUGUCUAAAUGGGCGUGUGAACUGUCAUUCGCCGACCUCCCUCCUCCAAACGGGCAGACGACCGUACUUGCCAAAAUGGCUGCGUGGGAAGUCAAGCACAAGAUUGCGAAAGCUGAGAAGCAGAACAUAAGGAGUAGAAAGCGGGCUUGGAAGAGACAUAUGAAGGGUAAGAAGCUCAAGGACCCCUGGCUAGAACGUGGUAGGGCUAAAUCUCUCGAUUGGAUUUUGAUUCAAAAUUUGGAAGAGUGGGAAGCCGCGCAGGCUGAGAAGGAGGCCAAAAGGGAGAAAAAGCAGAGCCCUCGGUAACAUACCAGUCGUUUAGGUCGACUAUUCAGCUUGCUGCUUACGAUGUCCAUGUUAUGUUAUAUAUACCCUUUGUUAUUUCGCCACAGCUAUUCAAAG